ACUAAAAUAAGCGGAAAAAUCAAAACAAGAAUAUAUAUAUAUAUGAACGCGCCUCUAAGAUAAUUAAUGAGAACCGAUAUAAAUAAGUGAAAUAUAUAAGCCAAUAUAUACAAACCAUAAAAAGUGUGUUUUACACCAACAAAGCGUCAUCAAAUUUGGCACAGUGCGUUGUUUGUGCGAUCGUCUUAUAUAAGGCGUUUUUAAAGAACCCGGAAAUCGGGCGAAUCUCGAAUGGAUUCGGAAAAGGUGGUCCGCGCAAUGGCACGUUGGUGGCAGACUGUCAGUCAAGAGGAUGGUGAUCAGAAUUCUCGCGAUCCGAUGAACUACGAUCUCCUCCAGGAAGGCGUGGGGAGGACUUCGAAGUCACGCCAAUAUCUUGCGGCCUUGAUAAUUUGCUUGGGAGCGGUUGCUGCCGGAACUGCUCUGGCCUGGACGAGUCCUGUUUUUCCGCAAAUCACUCCCAAUAACUCAACAGCCGGAAACUCCACAGCAAAUGCAACUAGUUCGACUUCCAGUAGUAGUGACAUUCUACUGACUAAAUCGCAAGAAACAUGGGUAGGCUCCCUGCUGGCAGCAGGUGCUCUUUUCGGAGCCCUGCCCUCUGGAUUUAUAGCUGAUACGAUCGGCAGACGCUACACCGCCAUGGUCAUGGACGUGCCCUUCAUUUUGGCCUGGAUUUCGAUCAGUUUCGGUCAGUCGGUCGGCUGGCUGUACGUGGGAAGGUUUUUGAUCGGUAUAUCCACUGGCAGCUUCUGCGUGGUGGCUCCCAUGUACAUCUCGGAGAUCGCGGAGACCAGCAUCCGCGGCAGCCUGGGCACUCUGUUCCAGCUGCUCCUCACGAUCGGCAUCCUGUUCGUAUAUGUGGUGGGGGCUGUGGUCUCGUGGACAACUCUGAGCACGCUCUGUCUGUUCAUACCAAUCCUGCUCUUGGUCGGCCUAAUCUUCCUGCCCGAAACUCCAGUCUAUCUGCUUAAAAGGGGUGAUCGCACAAAGGCCACCAGCUCCUUGAAAUGGUUGUGGGGAAACUACUGCGACACCAAUUCCGCCAUCCAGGUGAUCCAGCACGAUCUGGACAAGUCUAGUGGGGAUGCCUCGAUCAUGGAUCUGUUCAGCAAUCGCGCCUCCCGCAAUGGACUGGUGAUCUCGGUACUCCUGAUGGUCUUCCAGCAGUUCUCCGGCAUCAACGCGGUGAUAUUCUACACGAACCAGAUCUUUGUGUCGGCGGGCAGCACCCUGGACCCCAGCAUCUGCUCCAUAAUCGUGGGCGUGGUGCAGGUGGUCAUGACCUUGGCCUCCUCCCUGCUGAUCGACAAGUCCGGGCGCAAGAUACUGCUGGUCGCCAGCAGUGCGAUCAUGACCGUCUGCCUGGCCAUGCUGGGUGCCUACUUCACGAUAAAGGCAAACGGAGGUGCCGCGUCCAUCGGCUGGUUGCCCCUGCUCUGCGUGGUGUUCUUCAUCGUCAGCUUCUCGGUGGGCUACGGCCCCAUUCCCUGGAUGAUGAUGGGCGAGCUCUUCCUGCCGGACGUGAAGGGCACCGCCGUCUCCCUGACCGUCAUGGUGAACUGGGUGUGUGUGUUCGUCGUGACCUGGUGCUUCGGCUCGCUGCAGUCCUUCGGAGACGACGUGCCCUUCUGGUUCUUCAGCGGCUGGAUGGCGGUGGCCACCGUCUAUGUGGUCAUCUCCUUGCAGGAGACGAAGGGCAAGAGUGCCAGCCAAAUCCAGAGCUGGCUGAGCGGUCGCUAGGGGAUCCCUUCAGGAUCCUGCUUUUUAGUUUAUUCUAGCUAAAUGCCAAAAAGUAAUGUAGGAGUUUGGAGGGCUUGGUUUAAUACCUUUGCAAAAGAGUUAAGUUACAACCUAUAUAACAUAAGAAGAUUCUCCCAAUUGGUGUUCAUUUAUAAAACUCAACUCACACAAGAGAUUAACUAUUAAGCUAAAGUUAUUCUUUUUCAUUUCUGCAUUAAAUAAAACAAUAUUUAAUUUUUGAAUAUAUAUGUAUUUUAUAUGACUUAUUCCAUUAAAAUCGGAAGUAUAUGGAGUGAAUAAUAUUUUGCAAAGGUUUUAUAGCCAUUUCGAUCGAAGAACCAUAAUACGAGAAAUGUACAAUUUAACUUGUUAAUGUUCCACAAUGUUCAUAGUGUUUAAAUUGACUUCGAAGCUUACAUUUAGUGUAGUUCAACUAGUUUCUAAGUACUCAUGGCCCCCGUAAUGAUUUAAGGUGCGAAAAAGUUUCAACCUGUUUGUGCUCUUCUUCUUGUAUAAACUUUUCCUGCUGUACGUCAAUGUACGCGAAGAUGUCAAAGACAUAUACUUACAUGUACUAAUUAUAAUAAAUGUACAUAUAUUUGAUAAUAAACGUAUGCUAUAAAAAACGAA